UCCCAAAAAUUCCAUCCUCUCACUUCUCCAAGCUCUCCCUAAGCUUUCUCUCCCCCUCUCCUGGGUGGGAGCUUUAGUUUACCCACUCCUCUCCCAGCUCGUAGCUUAGCAAAAGCUUCCGAGGUUACUUAGCAGCAAUCGAGGCUAGUCGCAAGGGUUUUGUAAGGGGUCGAUCGCGCGCGCUCGGUUGAGCACGUAGAAGGUCGUUGGUGCCAAUGAUCAUGGCGAACCCCGCGAUGCUUCCGCCCGGCUUUCGGUUCCACCCGACCGACGAGGAGCUGAUCCUCCACUACCUCCGCAACCGGGCCGGCGCCGCGCCGUGCCCCGUGGCCAUCAUCGCCGAUGUCGAUAUCUACAAGUUCGACCCAUGGGACCUUCCAUCCAAGGCCGCGUACGGGGACAAGGAGUGGUACUUCUUCAGCCCGCGGGACCGUAAGUACCCGAACGGGAUCCGACCGAACCGCGCGGCGGGUUCCGGCUACUGGAAGGCCACUGGCACUGACAAGCCGAUCCACAACAGCGUCACCAGCGAGAGCGUCGGCGUCAAGAAGGCCCUCGUCUUCUACAAAGGCCGCCCGCCCAAGGGCACCAAGACCAACUGGAUCAUGCACGAGUACCGCCUCGCCUCCGACGCCCACGCCGGCAAUACCUACCGCCCCAUGAAGUUCCGCAACACCUCCAUGAGGCUGGAUGACUGGGUGCUGUGCCGGAUCUACAAGAAGGCCAGCCACGUGUCUCCGAUGAUGGUGCCGACGCUCUCCGGCCAGGAGCAGGACGAGCCGUACGCGACGUCGAGCGCCGCCAUGCUCGUGCAGGGCAGCGCCGGCGCGUUCCCGAUGCAGCAGGCCGUGGCCGGCGCGCAGAGGAUGCCCAGGAUCCUGUCCAUCUCCGAGCUGCUCAACGAGUAUUCGCUGGCGCAGCUCUUCGACGACGGCGUCCCAGACAUGGCGCGGCUCGAUCAGCAUCAUCAGCACGCCGCUCUGCUCGGCCACCUUGUCUCUAGCCAACUAAUGUUCAACAACAGCAAUAGCAGCAUGUCCGGGCAGCUUCCGCAGAUGGACUCGUCGGCCUCGAUGUCAGCGGCGGGCGAUGGCGCUGCCGGGAAGCGCAAGAGAUCAGAGGAGUCCAGUGCCGGUGCGCUGUCGAGCCAGGUAGCUGCAACCAAGAUGCCGAACGGCUCGUGCGUUGGUGCAACGUUCCAAAUAGGCAACGGACUGCAGGGGCCAGUAGGCCAGCUGGGCCAUCAGAUGCUGCUCCAUUCUAACAUGGGGCUGAACUGAUAGACAUAUAGUUCUCCACUUACUCAUGCAGUCUGAAAAUUAUGCAUGAGAAUUAAUUUGUGAUGUGAACAAUGGGCUCUAUAUAUUACACCAAAUAUAGGCCUAAAACAGAUAAAGCAAUGGUUAAGAUAUAGGUAAUUAAAGGGAUUGUACUAGUAGAGUCCAGUAUCAUUUAGGUACAUCAUUAUAGUUGAUUGGGUUUGUGGUGUGUAAACAUUUUUUUUCUCCUACAUAGCAUACUAGCUACUAUGUAUGUACUCAAGCUUAGUACUAUAUACAAAGCUAGAUAGGGCUUGAUAAUACUUUGAGAUCAAUGACGAACUGGAAGUCA